AUGCAGACCACGACCAGGAACGGGGGUCUCAAAACAGAACUUAUCCCGACGUCGCUCCGCGUUCUUCUCACAUCGCUCGCGUUCCUGUACCACGCCGUAUUGGUUGCCACUUAUGAUACCGGCUACUUUCGCGAUGUCGGCAGACGCCAAGGCCCUUUCCCUGCCGAUUUCCAGCCUCACGAAGCUAUCGUGGCGGACAAAAUAUCUCCCUCGCCGUUCCAGAACGCCAACACCACGAAGUUUGCCGUUGACGGCAGUGCCAUCCCCGAGAUUGACUUCGACGUUGGCGAAUCAUAUUCUGGCCAGCUGCCUGUUGGCGGCGACAGCGACGGAAAUCUCUUCUUCUGGUUCUUUCCUACCGUGAACCCGGACAGGCCUAAGGAGAUUCUGCUUUGGCUCAACGGCGGACCUGGCUGCUCCUCCUUUGAAGGACUGAUGCAGGAAAACGGACCAAUCUCGUGGCAGCCAGGAACAAUCAAGCCUGUUCGCAACGUCUGGAGCUGGCAUAGAUUGACCAAUGUGGUCUGGGUCGAGCAGCCCGUUGGCACUGGCUUCUCUACCGGAAAGGUCACGGCGAAGGACGAGGAUGACGUCGCCAAGCAGUUUAUGGGCUUCUGGAAGAACUUUAUCGAUACGUUCAGCAUGCAGGGCUACAAGGUGUACAUCACGGGCGAGUCUUAUGCCGGCAUGUAUUGCCCGUACAUUGCGAGCAACUUCCUCGACGCCAACGAGACCACCCCCGGGUACUUCGACGUCCAAGGCAUGCUGAUCUACGACCCUGCCAUUGCCUACCUCGACCUCCUUACCGUAGUCCCGAUGGCGUCCAUGGUGAAGUACUGGGGAAAUGCCCUGCCGCUGAACGAGACGGCCCGAGCCGGCCUGGAAAACAUGAGCGCCGCGUGCGGUUUCGAUGCCUACAUGGACAAAUAUUUGACCUUCCCGCCGCCUGGCCCUCAGGGUGACUUCUGGUCCCUGUACCCCGAGGGCAGCAUCCGCUCCUGCCAGACGAGCCUCUACGUCGAGAAGGCCGUUUUCGAGAUCAACCCGGCCUUCAACAUCUACCAGCUGACCCAGCUGUCGCCCAUUCUCUACGACCCGCUGGGGUUCUCCAACCAGCCCAGAGGCAACACCAGCGACGUCUUCUUCAACCGGCGCGACGUGAAGGAGGCGCUGCACGCGCCGCUGGACGUGGAGUGGGCCGAGUGCGGCGGGCCCGUGUUUGCCGGCGCCGACGACGACGACCUAUCGGACCCGUCGGUGGUGCGCGCGCUGCCCAGCGUCAUCGACCGCACCAAGAACGUCAUAAUCGCCCACGGCGCCCAGGACCUCGUCCUGCUGGCCAACGGCACCCUGCUCGCCAUCCAGAACAUGACCUGGGGCGGCAAGCUGGGCUUCCAGACCCCGCCCCGCGAUCCCCUCUUCGUCCCCUACCACGACGCCGGCUACGGCCCCGGCCGCGUCGCUGGCUCGGGUGUAUUGGGGACGACACACACGGAGCGCGGGCUGACGUGGAACUUGGUCUUGAUGACUGGCCAUCAGGUUCCCGCGUGGCAGCCGGCGGUCGCGUUCCGACAGGCCGAGUUCCUGCUCGGCCGCAUCAAAAGUCUCAACAGCACGCAACCCUUUACCAUCUUCCCGCAGACCCCGCAGCCAGACGCCGGCGUGCUGGGCCAGGGCUUAGGCAUCACCCUGGCGGCUGAGGCGGCACGCCUGCUCAAUCUUCCACUGGCGCGCAUCAUCGAGCAGCGGUAUUGCAACCAAUACUACCACGACCAUGAACCCUCUGUUGUCGGGCCUAAUGGCAAUGUAAAGGAGCGGCUUUGCAAGAUUAGGCCCAUCCAGAGCUAG